GCCACGACGCGCAGCGCGCCCUGGGAGCGAGCGCGGCGGCCCGCAGCAGGCUGAGCGGCCAGCCCCUGUCCGCGUCGCCCCUUCUCGCGCGCUCUCUGUCUUUGGUUGCCAAAGCUCUGGGCUUUGUCAGCGAGUUAACAAGUUAAAAAUCCCGACUAAGCAAACCAAAGAGCUGACACAGGAUCUCGCCAAGCCCAUCCUCCAUCCACCUGUUCGAGAAUGCUGCGCAAACUAGAGGAGGUUUGCGUCUCAUGGCUCUCUGUACGCAACCCUCCUGGCGUGGACACGUUCCCACAUUUUCUGGCGUGAAGGGUCAGAGGGCGCGCCACUGCGCAGGCGCACGGAGGCGAGGCCGCGGCCGCGAUGUGCGAGGCGCGCAGCCCUGAGGAGACCUGCCGGCACAUGGGAACUAAAGAAGAAUUUGUGAAAGUCAGAAAGAAGGACUUGGAAAGGCUGACAACUGAAGUGAUGCAAAUCCGGGACUUCUUACCCAGAAUACUAAAUGGAGAAGUAUUGGAAAGCUUCCAGAAGUUAAAAAUCAUAGAAAAAAACCUGGAAAGGAAAGAGCAAGAAUCAGAGCAACUGAAAAUGGACUGUGAACACUUCAAAGCUCGCCUGGAGACUGUGCAGGCUGACAGCAUUCGAGAAAAGGAGGAGAAAUUGGCUCUUAGACAGCAGCUGAAUGAAGCAAAGCAGCAACUCCUGCAGCAGGCGGAAUAUUGUACAGAAAUGGGAGCGGCAGCUUGCACCCUCCUGUGGGGCGUCUCCAGCAGCGAGGAAGUUGUGAAAGCCAUUUUGGGAGGUGAUAAAGCUUUGAAGUUCUUCAACAUUACUGGCCAAACAAUGGAGAGUUUUGUGAAGUCACUGGACGGGGAUGUCAAAGAGCUUGAUUCUGAUGAAAAUCAGUUUGUUUUUGCUUUGGCCGGAAUAGUAACAAACGUUGCUGCCAUAGCCUGUGGUCGUGAAUUCCUGGUUAACUCCAGUCGGGUGCUCUUGGACACCAUACUGCAGCUUCUGGGGGACCUGAAGCCAGGACAGUGUACCAAACUCAAAGUGUUAAUGCUGAUGUCCCUGUACAAUGUGAGCAUCAAUUUGAAAGGCUUGAAGUACAUCAGUGAAAGUCCAGGGUUCAUCCCUCUGCUGUGGUGGCUUUUGAGUGAUCCAGAUGCAGAGGUGUGUCUUCACGUAUUGCGACUCGUCCAGUCUGUGGUUCAGGAACCGGAAGUCUUCUCCAAGUUGGCCUCUGAGUUCCGGAGCUCCCUGCCACUGCAGCGCAUCCUGGCCAUGUCCAAGAGCCGCAACCCCCACCUGCAGACUGUGGCCCGGGAGCUGCUAGAAGACCUCCGUGCUCUGGAGCGUGACAGGACAUUGCACCCCCUCUCCAGCCCAAGCUGCUUCCCCACAUUUGCCCUCUUCGUUGGCUUCUCCCGCACUGGGCUGGGGCCCCUCUGCUCCAAGGAUGUGGGGGGGGCCAUCCUUCGGCUGGCACAGCGGCUGCCCUGUCCUCCAUGA